AUGGCAUUUAUUGUGCGCUUUGCAAUUGUUAUAUCAGUCUUGAUUUGUCUGCAAACAUGUGUGCUUUGGGGACAAGAACAUGGCGAGCCUAACGAACUUAGAUAUGCUGUUUAUCAUAAGCUUCCUCACCAUUCAAAAUAUUUAAAACGUGGCGAAGUUGUUGUAACAUUAUCCCGCGCUGUCGCAAAGUAUGAUGACACUGGAGAUGUGUUAUCUAUAAAUGAAUUUGAAAAUGCAGAUAAAACGAGCAAUGAUCCAUACUAUCUAAUAAAAUUAGUCGACGAACAAAACCCGAAAAAUGUAAUGGAAUCCUUUACAAAGAUGUGUUUGUUGAAAGCAUCGAAAUUCGAAGAUGAAAUCAUAAUCCAUUUAAAUGGAAACAACGCGUUUCACUUUGAUUAUUACACUUCUAUUGAUCAAUGUAACGGUACAUCUGUUUUGACAUCACAAACGGCAAAUUUUAAAACUAUUAUUCAAAUAAUUAAGCCUGUGAACGGAGCUAGGCCGAAACUAAAUAGAGCAAUGCCUAUAAGAGAAGAUGGGACGGUUGAAAAACCACCAGAAGAAAAAAGCUUUUUACAGAAAUAUUGGUGGUACCUUCUGCCUCUUGUCAUACUGUUACUGACAGGUGGUCAAGCUGAGGAACCCCAACAGCAGCAACAACAACGAGGUGGAGGUCAAGCUGCGCGUCCUGCGCGACAGUGA